GUUAUGAUCAUACAAUAGACAAGUUAUGGGCAAAUUGGAAAGGAAAAUAUUCCGAAGUUUAUUCACCAUUAAUUGCAGGAGCUACACCAAAAACUACUUCUGCAUCAAUAAUAUCACAAUUAGAACCGUUUCGAAUCAAAUCCCAAGGAUCUGAAAGUAUAAACGGUUUGAGAGGAGUAUUGAAUGGUGUACAAACAAUGAUUUUCAACAAUGUCAACAAUGUUGAAGUUAGAUUUUUGAGUGGUGAUAUUUCUGGUGAUGUAGCAUUGAUUGCUACGCCUUUUGAUGUAUCUAAAACUAUGCGACAAGUUGUCUUGAGGAUACCGGUGAAAAUUUAUAUGCAAGAUUUCCUUGAAGGUCAAGAGUCUUCUGAGUACAAGUUUCAACGAAAAGCAAUAGUCAACAACCCGUACACACCAAGAUAUGCUGAUUUAUUAAGCAGAGUUCAUAACUUUGCUAUUAUCGAAUCAACUCUUAGAGAGGGCGAGCAAUUUGCGAAUGCAUUUUUUGAUACAAAGAAAAAAAUAGAAAUUGCUAAAGCGUUAGAUACAUUUGGAGUAGAAUAUAUUGAAUUGACAUCACCGGCUGCAUCUGAACAAUCAAGGCAAGAUUGCCAAGCAAUUUGUGUUGAUGGAGUUGAUGUAGUGAUUGGUACUUCGUCAUAUUUAAGGGAAUUUAGUCACGGCAAAGAUAUGGAUUAUAUUACAGAGAAGGCAACUGAAGUGAUACAAUUUGUUAAAUCCAAAGGAAUUGAAGUUCGAUUUUCAUCAGAAGAUUCAUUUCGUAGCGAUCUAGUGGAUUUAUUGAGUAUUUAUCGGACAGUGGAUAAAUUGGGUGUUAACAGAGUUGGCAUAGCUGAUACAGUCGGAUGUGCAAAUCCAAGACAAGUUUAUGAAUUAGUCAGAACCCUUAGAGGUGUUGUUUCUUGUGAUAUUGAAUGCCACUUUCAUAACGAUACUGGAUGUGCUAUUGCUAAUGCUUAUGCUGCACUUGAAGCAGGAGCGACACAUAUUGAUACAUCAAUUUUAGGUAUUGGAGAACGUAAUGGUAUCACACCACUUGGAGGUUUGAUUGCAAGAAUGUAUACAGCAAAUAAAGAUUAUAUUAAAUCCAAAUAUAAAUUACACAUGUUAAGAGAUUUAGAAAAUUUGGUAGCAGAUUCAGUCGGUGUGGAGGUUCCAUUUAACAAUUACAUUACUGGUUAUUGUGCUUUUACUCAUAAAGCUGGUAUACAUGCUAAAGCUAUAUUAAAUAAUCCAAGUACUUAUGAGAUUUUGAAACCUGAAGAUUUUGGUAUGACUAGAUAUGUAUCAAUUGGACAUCGGUUAACCGGUUGGAAUGCAGUUAAGAAUCGUGUUGAACAAUUGGAUUUAACCUUAACAGAUGAACAAGUUAAAAAGGUUACAACUAAAAUUAAGGAAUUGGCCGAUAUUAGACCUCAAAGUAUGGAAGAUGUAGAUAAUUUAUUAAGGAAUUAUCAUCAUAUCGUAACUUCUGGUGAUCAAUCUAAAGUAGAUAUUUUCUUAUCAGCUACUCAGUUGUCAAUUAAUUGA